GUCAGACUCCAAACCCAGCCCAAGCCGCAGCCUGGUCAGCCUCAGCUCUAUUCUGGGACCUUUGACUGCUUCAGAAAGACUCUCGUUGGAGAGGGAGUCCGAGGCUUAUAUAGAGGAAUGGCAGCUCCUAUUGUCGGAGUGACACCUAUGUUUGCUGUGUGCUUCUUUGGAUUUGGCUUGGGAAAAAGACUCCAACAGAAGAAACCUGAUGACAUUUUGACAUAUCCUCAGUUGUUUGCUGCUGGCAUGUUGUCGGGAGUGUUCACAACAGUAAUCAUGGCUCCAGGAGAGAGAAUCAAGUGCCUUUUACAGAUCCAGGCAGCAACAGGUGAAACUAAAUACAGUGGCCCUUUGGACUGUGCAAAACAGCUGUACCGCGAGGCUGGGGUUCGUGGCGUGUACAAGGGGACAGUGCUCACCCUCAUGAGAGACGUCCCAGCCAGCGGAAUGUACUUCAUGACGUACGAAUGGCUGAAGAACAUUCUGACCCCUGAGGGAAAAAAUGUGAGUGACCUCAGUGUGCCUAGGAUCCUCUUUGCUGGGGGCCUGGCUGGGAUCUUCAACUGGGCGGUUGCCAUUCCACCAGACGUGCUGAAAUCCCGUUUCCAGACUGCCCCUCCAGGAAAAUACCCAAACGGCUUUAGAGACGUGCUGAGAGAGCUUAUCAGAGAGGAAGGAGUUGCAUCUCUGUAUAAGGGCUUCACAGCUGUAAUGAUCAGGGCCUUUCCUGCCAACGCGGCAUGUUUUCUUGGUUUUGAAGUUGCUAUGAAGUUUCUUAACUGGAUUGCACCAGGUCUAUGAAGACUAGGAAGUCUUUGGAAAUUAGAGAAAAGAAGAAAGAGAGUGCAAGUCUGCCUCAGAGGAAUAAAUGAAUGAUCACUUGAAGUUUCAGGAAUGAUUGCUUGCCUAAUACCUUUUUGCCUUCCUCACGUUCUUUAGGUGGUGCUAUGUGCCUUUUGAAAUGUAAGCUGUAGCUCGGAAACAGCUGAUGAGGAGUUAGAGGUGAUACACCUGUCUUCUGAGCCGAUGGACCACAGCAGUAACGCUGCUAACAGACAGCUGUCACUAUUACACACAUUACCUUAAGUACUUCCUCAUGGAAGAAGGGGACACUUCUUAAAAUGUAAUUCUUUAUUUACUGAAGAAACUUGUAGCUAUUAAUGCUGAAAAACUUCCUUAAAAUAAUUGUUUGGCACUGCAUACUUAACUCUCAGGGCAUAAGUUAGCAGCUGGACAUACUAGUGUCUACAAGCAAUGUCAGAUGGCAUUCUCGUCUCUAGUAUUUUUU